AAAAGACGUCUCUCUGCCCACACUCGGCACUCAACUGUUCCAACCGCCCAUCAGAGGAAGAGAACACAGCUGAACGAACGCACUGUCCGCCAAUUCGCUUGAGUUUGAUUCCACUGAGAGAAACUUCUUAGUCAUACAACUUUAACUUCGUUCAUUUUCUUUUUCUCGUGGGAACCAGAGAGACUACUACUACUCAUCAUGUCUAUCCAGAGCACCAUCCUGCGCGUUGGAAGAAAAACUCUUCUGGCUGAUGUGGUGACCACACCGUUUCUCCUGAGGACCCACUCUCUCCACAAGACGGCCACCAGCGGCUCCCUGCGCGUCGCCGCAGAGCACAGCGGCGCGGACGACCUGGUGCCUCCCGCGAUUGAGGUGGGAGAUGUGCAGAAGGGAACCCGGGUCAAGUCUCUGAAGGAGAUGCCGGGACCCAGCGCGUUCGGCAAUCUCAUAGAGUUCUUUUACCGGGACGGGUUCAGCCGGAUCCACGAAAUUCAGAUGGAGCACUCGCAGAAAUACGGCAAGAUCUUCAAGUCCCGCUUCGGGCCGCAGCUGGUGGUGUCGAUCGCGGGCCGCGACCUGCUGGCGCAGGUGCUGCGUGCGGAGGGCGUGGCCCCUCAGAGGGCCAACAUGGAGUCCUGGAAGGAAUAUCGUGACAUUAGUGGUCGCUCCACAGGCUUGAUCUCAGCGGAGGGUGAUGAUUGGCUGAAGAUGCGCAGCGUGCUCCGGCAGCUGAUCAUGCGCCCGCGUGACGUGGCCGCCUUCUCCGAUGACGUCAGCGCCGUGGUGGUGGACCUGGUCAAGCGCAUCAAGGUCCUGCGGAGCCAGCAGGCGGACAGACACACCGUGCUCAACAUCAACGACAUGUACUUCAAAUACGCCAUGGAGGGCAUCUCCACCAUCCUGUAUGAGAGUCGGCUGGGUUGCCUCGAGGACAGCAUUCCCAAGACCAGCCAGGAGUACAUCACCGCGCUCAACCUCAUGUUCAGCUCCUUCAAGACCACCAUGUACGCCGGCGCCAUUCCCAAGUGGCUCCGCCCCGUCAUUCCAAGCCCUGGAGGGAAGUUCUGCAGCUCGUGGGACGGCCUCUUCAAAUUCAGCCAGAUGCACGUGGACAAGAAGCUGGCGGACAUCAGAGCCAAGAUGGUGCGAGGAGAAGCCGUACAGGGAGGUUUGCUCACACACAUGCUCGUCACCAUGGAGAUGAACAAGGAGGAGAUCACAGCCAACAUGACCGAGAUGCUUUUAGCUGGAGUGGACACGACCUCCUUCACGUUGUCAUGGGCGACGUACCUGUUGGCGCGCCACCCUCACGUUCAGCAGCAGAUCUUUGAGGAGGUGACGCAGACCCUGGGCGGGCGGAUGCCCACGGCGAACGACGUGCCCAACCUGCCCCUCAUCCGCGGCCUGGUCAAGGAGACGCUGAGACUUUUCCCAGUGUUGCCUGGAAACGGACGCAUCACACAGGACGAUCUGAUCGUGGGCGGUUACUUCCUACCCAAGGGGACUCAGCUGGCCCUGUGCCACUUCUCCACGUCCAUGAGCGAGGAGAACUUCCCCGGGGCCGACGACUUCCGCCCGGACCGCUGGAUCCGUAAAGACCAGUCCGAUCGGGUGGAUAACUUCGGAUCUAUCCCCUUCGGCUACGGGAUCCGCAGCUGCAUCGGGAGGAGGAUAGCUGAACUGGAAAUGCACUUAGCCCUCACACAGAUCCUCCAGAACUUCCGCAUCGAGGUUUCCCCGGAAACCGAGGACAUCAAGGCCAAAACCCACGGCCUUCUUUGCCCUGGUGCCCCCAUCGACCUGAAGUUUGUGGACAGGGUUUAAAUCUCAAUGCUGCCAUUUUUUAAAUGUAGCCUACUACUGUGUGUACUGCGGCUCGGGUGGCUGAAACUCAACUGUCGUUUCUGGGUUUCUUAAGUUUCUUCUGGGCCACUUUCACAUCAUGAGUACUUAUAUAAAUCCAAGUUUGUUCAGACACUUCUUGCCAACCUAUACUGUUGCAUUCGGGAACGUUUGUGGCGGAUCAGACAGUUAGCUGCUUUUAAGAUUCUCCUCAGCGGUGAAGCGAGGAGAGCUGUGAUGACGCUGUCAGGGCUGUGUAGUAGCAGGCGGGGCUAAUGCUAGGCUAAUGCUAGGCUAAUGGGCGGGAAACCAGGGAGGCAUUAGCUGCACAGAUGAGUCAUGUAGCCUCAUAUCCUCUGUGGCCAUAAAAUGUAUCAUUUCAUGCAUUUGUACAGGUCUUUUCUGUCUCCACAGUGUCAACCCACAGGUCACUGUUUUUAAGAAUGUACUUUAGACCAAAUAGCCACUUAGGCAAACAAAGUAUUUUUAAAAAUGUGUUUUCAACCUACAGUUAUGACAGGACUGUUGUCAACUCAAAACAAAAAGUUUCAUUUUUUAAACUAUUAAAAUGUGGAGGGUGAAGAGUUGAAAGUUACUAUGUGAUAAAACAGGUCUUAAACUUACAAUCUUAGAGGAAUGCGCCAUCUAGUGGCAAGAGACCCCUCCUAUUUCAUAUGGUCAUAGCAUGUCAAUGUCAUUAAUAAGUUAAAUCAAAGGGGGAAAGACGUGAGGUUUCAAUGUAUUUGUCAGGUGAGAGGUGGUUAUGUUGGAGGUAACCUACUGUAAAGGGACUUAAGCAUGUGGCUCGGUAUUUCUGGAGUGUGCUGUCACUUGGUAAAAGAGCGGUCACAAGCUGUCAAACAGUCUGAAGGUAAUGUGUGUCCAGGCCUGUUGGUGUAAACAAUUUGAUUUUUAUUUUCCAGUAAAGUUGUAUAUCUUUCUGCCUUAGCUGUGUGCCUUAUGUCAUUCUGUUGAAGCCUUUCACUGCUUAGAUGGAUGUGUGUUGUUAAAUGAACUGUAUCAUUUCAACCUUUUAAGAAUGAUUGUAAUGUGCAACUAGACUGUACGUGUGAAUGAUACACACUCCAUAUACACAUAUGUAAAUAAGCACCAUUACAUGCCUUUUAACUGUAUAUACCCAUGCAUUGCACUUACUGUAUACUCUGUGAUGAAGUUGUGUAAUAAAUAAGGUGCUCUCUGAUUGCCAUUCCUUGAA